CCACUGCCGGCGCCGCGCUCUCUGUUCCGGCGGCGGGCGGGGAGCGCGGGCACCGCUGCCAUGUCCGCUGCGGGCCCUGGGCCCGGCUCCGGAGCCGCCUCUCGGCCUUGAAGACUGCAGAGGAACACACGAUUUGAAUCAAUUAGGCAUUAAAACAGUAAUACCCAUGGAAGAGCCACAAGACUUACCCGAACAACCCGUGAAAAAAGCCAAGAUGCAGGAAUCCAGAGAACAGAGCCUGAGUCAUGUGAGCAGCACAGAAGUCAGCGAUCAGAAACCUGAAUCUUCAAACCUUGGUUCAAACCUUCCCAUGUCCAGUGAGAUUAUGACAUGCACUGAUUAUAUCCCAAGGUCAUCAAAUGAUUAUACCUCACAAAUGUAUUCUGCAAAGCCAUAUGCACAUAUCCUUUCUGUACCAGUAUCGGAAACAGUGAGCCCUUACCCUGGUCAGCCUCAGUACCAAGCACUACAGCAGUCCCAGCCCUACACCAUCUACCCCCAGACCACCCAGACCUACGGACUACCUCCUUUCGGUGCACUGUGGCCAGGUAUGAAACCUGAAAGUGGUUUAAUUCAGACUCCAUCUACAAGUCAGCACAGUGUUCUUACCUGCACUACAGGGUUAACCACAAGCCAGCCCAGCCCAGCACAUUAUUCUUAUUCCAUUGAAGCAUCAACUACCAAUGCCAGUCCAGUCUCUACAUCCUCAACUGUUGUCAAUAUUUCCACGUCAGCAGUAGCCAGCAUCUCACAGGAAUAUCCUACGUACACGAUCCUUGGGCAGAGUCAGUACCAGACCUGUUACCCGAGCUCAGGCUUYGGAGUGGUGCCACCAGCAGACAGCAGCACAGAGAGCAUGGCAUUGGCCACAACCACGUACCCAGCUGAGAAACCAAACACCCUGGUGCCAGCACGGGCGGURCAGAGACCUUCCUCUGGAGAUGCAUCCACAAGUCCUUUGCUGCCAAGAGCAACWGCAAGUAAAGAGUUAGAUGAGCAAGCACGAAAAAACAUCCCUGGGAAGAACAGAGGGAAGCGGAAAGCAGAUACCUCCUCCUCACAAGACAGUGAACUAGAGCGGGUGUUUCUCUGGGACCUGGAUGAGACCAUCAUCAUCUUCCAUUCCCUUCUCACAGGGUCUUAUGCUCAAAAGUAUGGCAAGGAUCCAACUCUAGUGAUUGGCUCAGGUCUGUCCAUGGAAGAGAUGAUUUUUGAAGUUGCUGAUACUCACUUGUUUUUCAAUGACUUGGAGGAGUGUGACCAGGUACACAUAGAAGAUGUAGCAUCUGAUGACAAUGGCCAAGAUCUAAGCAACUACAACUUCUCCACGGAUGGAUUCAGUGGCUCGGGAAGCAAUGCCAACCACAGCUCCUCAGUGGGUGUGCAGGGAGUGGACUGGAUGAGGAAACUGGCCUUCCGCUACCGCAGGGUACGCGAGAUCUACAACAAAUACAAAACUAACGUUGGAGGCCUGCUUAGCCCCCAGAAGAGGGAAGCUCUGCAGCGACUGAGGACCGACAUAGAAGUGCUGACAGAUUCCUGGCUGGAAACUGCGUUGAAGUCCCUGCUGCUCAUCCAGUCCAGAAAAAACUGUGAGAACAUCCUCAUCACAACCACCCAACUGAUGCCAGCUCUUGCCAAAGUUCUCCUGUAUGGAUUGGGCGAGGUGUUUCCCAUCGAAAAUAUUUAUAGUGCUACAAAAAUAGGUAAAGAGAGCUGCUUCGAGAGGAUCGUGUCACGGUUUGGAAAGAAGGUCACCUAUGUGGUGAUUGGAGAUGGGCGYGAUGAGGAGGUUGCAGCCAAGCAGCACAACAUGCCAUUCUGGAGGAUCACCAAUCACGCUGACCUCGUGUCCCUUCACCAAGCCCUCGAGUUAGACUUCCUGUAAGAAGCUGGAGCAGAGACGUGACUGCAGCUCCCAUGAGCCCUCUCAGUUACUGGGGGGACAGAAAUCUCACAUGUUUGGGGACUCACUUUUCAGCUUGAUGAAGAAAACAUACCUAGUGCAAACUGUACAGUGGAAUAUGACAGCAGGUCAUUCCUCAGGAGCMUGGGCCCUGCCAGUUCCAGAGGUGUCCUGUAAAGAAGGCCUAGACUCAGUAGAGCUAGAGCUUGUCUGAGAAGGGACUUGCAGAGCCAGSUGAAUGCCUCUGGCAGGUAUCUCCAGAUGGAGGGGCCAUACAAGAGCAAAUGUAUUUGUAGGAGCCUUCUCCUUUCUAUUCAGCUUAGUUGUAGAACCCAAGUAAACACAAAACUUUAUUUUUAUAGGAAAAUGCUGAUGGCAGAGCUGAACCUUCCUUGUUUUGCAAAGCCGAAGAACUAUGGUUUUUUUUCAUAGGAAAUAUUAAUGAAAAUGUCAAAAAUACCUCUAUUGCUGUAAAAUGUGUCCUCUCUCUUUCCCUGGGUGUUCAARUCAGUUAAUUUAUUACAAUGUCCUUGUGUUAUUUCCUCAGUGUAGGARUACUGGAAAAUGUAAGGGAAUGCUCCUGGGAUAUGUGGUUCUUUGUAGAGGCAAGUGUUGAUGUUCCRAGUUGAUCCCAGUGGCUUCUAGUCAAAGUGUGCACAUGCCUUUUUAGCCUGCAGGAGAUCAUUGGAUUCCAGCCUUGGUYUGGACUGUAGAUCCCACAGAUUUUCCCUGUAAAGGAAAAUGAAACCGCCUAUGAACAUCAGGUACAGCAGACUGGUGCAGACUGCUUAGAUGUCAACAGAGUCKUCACCUGGACUAGGAAUAAUUUAAUUCCUAUAUCCUUGUGAAUGUUGGAGAGAAGGCUCUGGCUAUGGUAUAACCUUCAUCUCUGUGUUCCUGACUCCAUUUGUAAGUUCCUUUUAGUAGAAUCAGAUCAAAUUUUCUUAUAUUCUUURCAUUAGCCUAACAACAUAGUGAGAAACAAAUGCCUUGUUAAGAGGGACUUAAUUUUCUAAGACACUGUGACUUGGCAGCAUGGAGCACUUAGAGAGAUGGUGGUGCUGAUUUUUCUGCUAUUGUCUUAGAAUAGAGGCUGGAGUCAGUGACCUGCAGCUCCCCUGGCCAGGAACAGCCAGCUGAGGACUGGGGCUGGCACAGGGGUUGGUUUAGUGCCAACUCAAGCUGUGUUUGGUGGCCUCCCCAUGUACCCCGAUGGCACCAGCUCAGCAGGUGCCCUGAGGACWGGUGUGUGCUGUGCCCCAGCACCCACUGCUCCUGCAGAGCCAGACCCGUGGCUGCACCCAGACCCCUCCAGACUGUGGUCACCAGCUCCACAUCACCCAUCUGGGACCYGUGGGAGACUGGGCUGCAAGUCUGUCACUGCAGGGAGGACACUGACCCAUUUGCUGUGCCCACACAGGCAGGGAUGUUUGCUGCAUUCCUUCCAUGGUAUCAUCCAUCAGUGCAGGGAGAGUUGCUAGGCCAGCUCAGCACAGGUUCUGCUGUGCCCUGGGAGCAUCUGUUCCUGGGCCAGCUCCAGUGACACAGGUCAGAAGGUGCCUAGAGCCAGGGUUUGGAUACCUCAUGCUCAGGGACUGGACCCAGGAAAUCUAUUUCACAUGGUCCCAGCUUCAGUUUCCCUUUGGGUUGGUUUUUUUUUUAAAUAAUUAAAUUGCAAUCAAAGGUGAUUCUCAAGGGUGGUCCCAGGAGUCAGGAGUGAUCUGCUUUCCAUUCAGCUCCUUGCCUUGUGCUYUGAUCCCAUGUGGAUGCUGGGUCUGUGUAUUUCCCCAGGAGMUCUGCAGCAGGAACACGCUGUCCAUGUGGGAGCUGCUGCCUGCAGGACACAGAACCACGUGUCCUAUGAGGAAAAUCUGAGGAGUCUGCUGUGGGUGUUAGUGGAGUGAGAAGGAAUUUGGCUGCCCUGGGGGCUGCUGGCCCAGCAGAGCUUUGGGGGUGAACAGGCUGUGCUGGAACUGCUCAGCAGUGGAUUUGGAAAGGGGAGCAAAAGUACCCAGGGAUGUUCUCUGUCUACACCCAAUGGAGAGCUGAGGUGUGUUAGCAGCUGUUCCCCAGCUCCAGCUCCCUCACUGCUGGGUCUGUACACUUCCUCUGGAGUCCCUGAAGUGCCAGAGCUGUGGCAAGGGGCAGCCUCAUUGUUCCCUGGGUUGGAAACAUCACCAGAGGAUCAGGACUUGGUUGUAGUCACAGAAGAGCCUGUGCUGAUGCUGAACAUCCUCAGCAGUUCCCAGCCCAUCCAAAGGUGUCCUGUAAGCAAGUUUGGGAGCUGUCCCAGCCUGUGCAGCAGCCUGUUGKGAGCAUGUCUUGUACUCCAGCUGGCUGAACUUUGGGAUUAAAACCUGUGCCUUAACCUCCCACCACUGGCAUGGCCAAGCAGCCCCUGUGCUUUGCUCCCAYCAGAAGCAGCUGACCAGAGCCGUGCUGGAGAGGGGCUGGGUUUGCCYGGGCACUGGCAGCGGGUGCUGGACCCGUGGGCCCGAGCUGCCUGGCAGCUGGCUGUGCUUUGUGUUUGUUUACUUCAAAUGUUUUAAGGAAAUUUUAAGAUGUUGGUAAAAUUUUAGCUGAGUGUGGAACUUGCAGCCACUGACAUUUCAUACUGAUAUUUAUAUGAUGUUUCCUUGAAUGUAUGUAAAGUACUUUUAUAACAGGAGGUUGAUGGUACAUUUCUGUGUUUGUUAAUAAAAGGGUGACCUGGCUAUUUUAUUUUUUCCUCUACUGGCUGAAUUUAAGCCUUUUCCUGUCUCUCUUGAGGGAGGAACAGCAAUCUAUCCAAGCAUUGAUUUUCUCCUGUCUCUGUCACCAGUUCAGCUACAGUCAGGUCAGGGGUAAUGGGAGAGCAGAACYGAACACCUGAAGGACAGUCAGCCUGCAGGCCCAGAGCACCUGAGCUCACUGGGGUGCUGCUGGCCUCCCCUUCAGCUUCAACACAGCCACAGAGGCUUUAAAAACCACCUGAUCCACUAAUAUUUGUUGCCUCUGAUAGCCCUGGGGGGAAAUGUCUGUGCUGGCACUGGUGGUAAGCAGUAGGAGCCCUGGAGCUGCCAGCAUCUCUUUUGCCAUGCUACGAGGGGCGAAUCCUGGGUGCUGCUGGCUGUGGGGCCUUUGCCUGUUGAUGGUCUGUAAUGGAAACUGUCCUAUGAACUGGAAAAAAAGUAAUAAAGUCUUUAUUUUCUAUA